CGCGCGUCGGGUGACGAAAACGGAACCCUGGCUGGUGGAGCGCGGCGCGGGGCAUGCGUGCAAGUGCAACCAAUCGCCUCGUCGUGUGCGCUCGCCUUUGCUUCCCUCGUUAACGUGAGUAACCUCGUUGGCUGAUCAAGGCUUUGACGGCGGCACCAACGUUCUUCCCUCGCCGCCUCGUUGCGUCCGCCCGCCCAGCGCCAACUCCUCGUCCUCGUACAUAACCCCCCACCCCACCGCGUACAGCGUUCCCUCUCGCGCCCCGCGGUGAGCUACCCCCGCUCGCCUUAGCUAGCUACCCACCAUGGCCCUCCCGCCGUCCUCCUCGCCGUCGUCGCUCUCCGCCGCGUCAGCGCAGCCCACGCCCCUGCACCUGCACCUCCCGACCAAGGCGCCCGGCCGCCUCCCGCUGCUCCCCUUCUCGCGCGCCGCCCUCCCGCCGCCGCUGCGCCUCCGCAUUGCGCGCACCAGCCUCUCCCCGGGCACGCCCCUCCCGCGCGCGCUCCUGCCACCACCCUCCGCCUCCGCCGACGCCGCAGCCUCCGACGUCGGCGGCGGCGGCGCCGGCUUCGGCGGCCAUGACGACGACGGCCACAACCACCACGGCGGCGAGGGUGGCGGCGACGACGGCGGCCAUGGCGACGACGCCGGCCACGGCGAUGACGCGCCCGGCGGCGGCGACGCCCGCGGGGAGGCGCUGUUCGUGCUGGCGCAGCUGGGCCGCAAGCUCGACAGCCUGCCGUCCGAUCUCGCCGCCGCCGUCGACAGCGGCCGCAUCGGGGCCGACAUCGUGCGCCGCUUCACCGAACUCGAGGCCAACGGCUUCUUCCGAUGGCUCCUCCAGUUCCAGGGCUUCAGGGAGAGGCUCCUCGCCGACGAGCUCUUCCUCACCAAGCUCGGCAUAGAGUGCGGCAUCGGUCUCGUCGCCAAGACCGUGGCUGAGUUCCAGAAGAGAGGGGACAAUUUCUUCAAAGAGAUUGAAGUUGUCAUAUCUGAUGUGGUCAUGGCGAUUGUUGCGGACGUCAUGCUUGUCUAUCUUCCUGCUCCAACUAUUGGUUUACAGCCGCCACUGGCAAGAAACGCUGGAGCUAUUGCCAACUUUUUCUAUAACUGCCCUGAUAAUACUUUCCAAAUUGCUAUGGCUGGAAGGUCAUUCUCACUUCUGCAGAGGAUUGGAGCUUUUGUGAGGAAUGGUAUAAAGCUUUUGGCAGUGGGAACUACUGCUUCUUUGAUUGGCACUAGUGUCACGAAUGCAGCGCUCAAAGCAAAGAGGGCUGUUGAUAAGGACCUUGAGGACGAAGUCAUGGAAAUUCCAGUCGUCUCAACUAGUGUUGCCUAUGGUGUAUACAUGUCCAUUUCUAGUAACCUCAGGUAUCAGCUUCUGGCUGGUGUGAUCGAGCAGAGGAUGCUGGAGCCGUUGCUGCAUAACCAGAAGCUACUGCUGAGUGCAAUGUGCUUCAUCGUUCGUACGGGCAACACAUUCCUUGGCUCUUUGCUGUGGGUUGACUAUGCCAGAUGGAUAGGCGUCCAGAAGUCUCACGAAGAGGCCUAAAGUUCUAGCAGCUUGCCUGCAUGUUCCGCUGUCACUGCCUCACUAGGCACGUUCACAAUACCAUCGAUGGCUUGCCUGCCUCUAUAGAAUGCUGAUCUACUCUUCACUGGAGGCCCCCUUAUAUAUAGGACAAAAAUCCCAAUUUUGUUUGGAAAACCACAAGUAGGGAUAUAUCUGUCGAAUUCUCGUAUGCAACGGCAACGCCGUUCUACCCCUCAACUUUUUUUUUUCCUUUUUCUACUUUGCAACAUGCAACAAGGGCUGUCAUUGAUCGAAAUUCAAAUAUAUGUUACAUUGGGAAUUC